CCCUUCGAGAUCACUUUUGCUCGCGUUUUGCUGGAUAUCGCAAGAACAAGUCUCAGACGAAGGUUUUACAAAACAUUUUCGACGUUGAAAAUGUCGUACGUCGCCCGCAAAGGACCGGCAGCUUUCUCUGCCCUCGGAAAAUGGGCCUACAACAUGGCUGGAUUCAACCAGUACGGUCUGCACCGAGAUGACUGUCUGUAUGAGAAUGAUGAUGUGAAGGAAGCGAUCCGCCGUCUGCCGGAGAAGGUGAAGGAUGAGCGUAACUACCGUAUCACGCGCGCACUCCACCUGUCGAUGACGAAAACCAUCCUUCCGAAGGAGCAGUGGACCAAGUACGAGGAGGACACCAAGUACCUGGAACCCUACCUAGACGAAGUGGUUCGGGAGCGCGAUGAGAAGGUCAAAUGGGAGUCGGAAAAGUAGAUGUGCAUGGCGCGGCGAACCAGUGACACACCUACCCGGUGGAGGCAGCAAAACGCUUCCGUGUCCGCGUACCAGGUCCACGGGAAGAAUCUGUGAAACCGGGAUGGUAGCGUAGCGUCGUGUGGUGGUUAUGUGAAAUAUUAGGAAUAAAUCAAGUACGGCUGAAACUGGA